UCUGGUUGAACCAUCAUUACUGUGGUGGGCGUGUACCAACAGCACAGUCCGCUGCUAGCUCGGUUAAAAAUGAUAAUGACAUCAGUAAGCUAAAUUUUCCUUCUUUGGCUAUCAGUUGGUAGCAUAGACUCUGUUCAGGUUAACACGAAAUUUAGCCGUUUUUGCGACACUUUGCAGAGAAAAGCGAAUAUAGCUGUCGAGCUAGCUGGUUAAUCCUUAAAUGACCAAUAACGCUAGCUAAAACGCACGAGACUGUGGUGUGUAUAACGGACAACGGUGCACGCUAACGUUAGAGAGAUAAAUCUGGGAAAAGCCUUAACAUCCAUGUUAGCGUCCAUCAUUUUAUUCCAGGCAUCGUUUUCGGAUCUCACCAGCGUUAUUAAUUGCUGGGUUUCUACCUACGAGGAUGUAUGGGAUGUCGGGAUGACAGGAAGAUGGCAAACGGGGUUGGAAAACACAAGCUGCUUGUCAUUGGACCAACAGAGCCAUGGUCAGUGAGGGAGAAGCUGUGUUUGGCCACAUCUGUCAUGAAGAGUGGAGACCAGAACUGGGUAUCUGUCAGUCGAGCCAUCAAACCAUUUGCAGAGCCUGGGCGACCACCUGACUGGUUCUCUCAAAAGCACUGUGCCUCCAAGUACUCUGAGCUCCUGGAAAGAACAGAAGCCCCAAAGCGGAAGCGUGGAGAGAAGGGUGAAGUGGUGGAGACGGUUGAGGACGUGAUAGUACGCAGACUCACGGCUGAGAGGAUUGAUGAGCUAAAAAAGUUGAUCAAAGAAACACAAGAGAAGCACAGGAAGCUGAAGAGAGAGUCUGAACUGAUUCAAGCAGGUCAUCUAGAUUCCAAACUAGAGGAGUUAUGGGAGGAAAUUCUGCAGAAGAAGAAACUGGAGGAGGAGGAAGCAGAGUUGAAAAGAAAGACCACAGAUGUUGCUUAUCAGGCCAGACAGGUGGCAAAGAGCAUGCCUAAGCGAGUGCCCGGUGUCACCAUGCAUUCGCCCUCAGACUGCAGUUCUCCCGGCCAGGAGUUCUCACCAGGUGACCCACUCGAGUGCUUGACACUGGAUCAUGUAUCCACAAAGAAUGCUUCAGGAUCAGCCAGGUUAAUGUCAUUUGCCGAGUCGCCUGGAUCUGGUAAUGACGACAUCAGCCAUGGGUCACUUCUGGAUGACCCCACCCAAAAGAAGCUCCUUGGCCAGAGAGGCACACCACCACCAUCUCCACUUCUAUCAGAGUUACUGAAGAAAGGCAGUAUCUUGGCCACAAAUUCCAGACUGAUUGGGGAGAGUGAUGGGUCCACUGGUAGUUUGACAGGAGCACAUGACUUGCAACUGGCUCCACCUUGUCAGCCUCUCUCUCAGGCAACAGGUGCCCCAAUGUUGUCUCGUCUCCUGGAGGCAGGUCCCACCCAAUUUUCUGCUCAGUUAGGUUUCAUGGUCAGUCCAGAUUCUGCCUCCAGCACUCCUCUCUCUGCCGCCACCCCUGUUCCUGUGGACUCCACUGCCUCAGCAUGUACAGAGGUGGAUGUGAUGGUGCCGUCUGUGCCCCCUGGAUGCCAGCCUGCCUCUGCAGUGGAUAAGAUAUCAGAGCUCAGUGAAGAGGAUGUGACUGUGUCCUACAUGGGAGAUGAGCUGGACCUGAAGACAGUGGGAGACAUAAUCGCCAUCAUCGAAGACAAGGCAGAUGAGACUGCAGAGGCUUUGGAUGCAGCUGCAGUUGAGGCUGCUCUGUCCCUGUGUGAAGAGAAUGGCCACGCUCUGUCUGGUGCCUGGGAAGCUGAGCCUUUCCAGCCCCAUGAGUCUCACCCCGCAGUGCCCACAGGGGUCCCACAGUCCUCAUCUCUUCACAAUAGCCUGGCAGGGAAGACACAAGUGUUAGAGGUUCAGGGUGGGACUUCAGCUCCACUCUCCUCUCUGUGCGGUAGUCAAGAUAACUGUCUUGCAGCACUCCCAAUGGGACUAAGGGGCCUUCCUCCCACCUCCUUAUCCUCAUGCAACUCAAGGAGUUUGGAGCACUGCCACACUGGAGCACCUCCACAGCCUGAGGCAAUGAGAGAGACUGGAGAGGUGGUGCACCAGAAAAGCCAAAUUUCAUUGGACGUUACCAUAAAAUGUGAGAAUGAGAAGUGGGCACAGCAAAGACCUGAUAAACCCCAUGGAGACUCAGUAUUAGAAGAUAGCCCACUGACAGAAAGGCGUCCCAAGGAGAUGAGGGCAGAGGAUGGAGUAAGCGUUGGGGGAGGAAAGAAUGCCUCAGGGACUAAAGUGGACAAUGAGGUCAACGGGCCAGAAGUGUGUGGAGAAGAAGACGGGGAUGGGGUGGAGGGAUUCUUGUCAGAGGCAGAUGGGGAGACAGAGCUAGAACCUGCAGCCAGCGAGAGUGAGGACGGAUACAGCCUCCAUACUGCCUCCUCAUCUCUGCAGCUGCACACAACCGCAGACUCCAUCCCCAGCAGCCCUGCCUCAUCGCAAUUUUCUGUGUGCAGUGAGGACCUGGAAGCUCUACAGGCUCACAAGAUCUGGAAGAAAGCCAUUAUGCUGGUGUGGCGUGCGGCAGCCAAUCACAGGUAUGCAAAUGUCUUCCUGCAGCCAGUAACUGAUGAAAUUGCACCUGGAUAUCACAGUAUUGUGCACAGGCCCAUGGACCUGGCCACCAUAAAAAAGAACAUUGAGACUGGUUUGAUACGGACCACCGCUGAGUUCCAGAGAGACAUCAUGCUGAUGUUUCAGAACGCAGUCAUGUACAACAGCCUGGAUCAUGACGUGUACCACAUGGCGGUGGAGAUGCAGCGCGAUGUCCUGGAGCAGAUCCAGCAGUUUCUAGCUACCCAGCUCAUCAUGGAGACAUCAGAGUCUGGUAUCAGCGCCAAGAGCCUGAGGGGCCGUGAGAGCACGCGCAAACAGGACUCUACUGACAAGGUGCUUCACUAGAAUUUUGACAAAAGCAGAGAGUACAGAAGAAGAGACAAGGGACGGAGGCACCAGAGGGCGCCGUUGUGCCAUAGAAGCUGACCUCAAGAUGAAGAAGUGAAUUUACAGUAUGAAAAUAUUGUCCGACAGUGUCCCUGAGCUGAAGUGAAAGGUGUAAUACUGCAAGACUGAAUUUAUCCUCUGUCAGUUGCACAGAUUCUCUCACUCUGCAUAAUUUGCAAUGUAAUCCUUUACUUGCACUCUAUUUUAAAUGGGUAGACUGUAAUGUGGAGAAGAUCAUAUCUUCUGAGACAGCCAUACAGACAUGGAUUACAUGUAAUCCCAGAUUACAAGGGGGCAUCCAGGCAGACUAGGUCAAACCUUUCAUAGACGUAGCUGCAGAUCAUCCAGAGUUAGCCUGCACUGAAUCACAUCAGGUUGUAGAAAUGAAGAUAAGAGCCACUCCUAGCCUAAAAAAUGAACUGAAAUUAAGCCUACAGGGAACAUGGUUGAAUUUCAGAUUAGUGUAGUUUGCUUUGACAAUUACACUAUAUGUAAAACCAGAGGCCAAAGAGUCUGAUUAACCUAGAAUAGUCUGAGCCCAAAAACUGAAUGAUCAGGAGAGAACAUACUAAUUUCAAACAAAAACAUUUUAAUUGCUCAUAUAAAAUCAUUUGAUUUUUUUUCCUUCUAAUUUUAACUACUCUCAGACCAUUUUUAAAUAUGACUGUAUUGUUUGUGAUGAAUUGGUUCUAUCUAGGCUACUCCUCCAGUGAAACGGUACUUAAAUGCAUAUUCUGACUUAUUUUCAGUGUUUCUGACAAAAUGUCACGUUAAUUAUCUGUUUUGUGGACUUUGAACAAUAAAUCUUUAUAAAGAGCCCUCAAA